AUAGAGGUUAUAAUAAAUCUUUUUUUUUUUGUUUUUUGGGUAAAGAUUUGAUUUUUUUAAAUUUUUUUUUGCAUUUUCUAUGGAUAAUAAUAAUAAUAAUAUAAGCUGGUGGAGGAAUUAUGAAGGGAUAUUAAAGACUUUUUAUCCUGUUUUUUUGGGUCAAGUUGUGUCUUUUGUUAUGGCACUUAUGAGCUUCACUUCUUCUCUAGUGGCUAAUCUUGGUGCAAAUACUCCACUUUCUCUGUCAUUCUUCUCUUACACAGCUUUAGCUUUGGUGUAUGGAGGAAUCAUGAUUUACAGAAGGCAGAAAUUACAGGUUCCUUGGUAUUGGUAUGCACUUCUAGGCUUAGCUGAUGUCCAAGGAAAUUUUCUUGUAAAUAAAGCAUAUCAGUACUCAUCAAUCACCAGUGUGACCAUACUGGAUUGCUGGACUAUAGCAUGGGUGAUAAUCUUGACGUGGCUAUUUUUGGGCACACGAUAUUCUCCGUGGCAAUUCUUUGGUGCAGCAGUCUGUUUAGGUGGUCUUGGACUUGUGCUUCUAUCUGAUGCUAAGGCGAGUGACGGAAGUGGUGGUUCCAAACCUAUUCUUGGUGAUACAUUUGUCAUCAUCGGGACAUUUUUCUUCUCAAUGAGUAAUGUUGGUGAGGAGUUCUGUGUGAAAAAGAAAGAUCGUAUUGAAGUGGUUUCCAUGAUUGGUGUUUUCGGCUUGCUUGUUACUAUAAUUGAGAUACCAAUCUUAGAAAGGAAGAGUUUGGAAUCAGUCAAGUGGUCUGCUGAGCUUGUAAGUGACUUAAAGUCGUCUUCUUAUAUUUGCUCCACUAAUAUUAUUUUUUGUUUUCUGAAAAAUGAUUUUCUUGGGCUGAUGGUCUAUCGGAAACAAGCUCCUUACCUCCACGAGAUAUUAGCCUUCUGUGGCUAUGCAGUGGCAAGCUUUAUGUUCUACACCUUUGUUCCGUUUCUUCUCGAGAUGAGUGGCUCAACGUUGUUCAAUCUAUCUCUUCUCACAUCCGAUGUGUGGGCAGUUGUCAUCAGAACCUUUUUCUACAAGCAAAAGGUUGAAUGGUUAUACUUUGCAGCUUUUGCACUUGUGGUUACUGGACUGAUCAUAUACUCGAAAACUGAGAAGGAUUCUGUAAAUGCACCAGCUACUAAUAUUGAAGAAGCAAAUCAAAGAUACCAACUUCUUAAUGAAGAGGAAGAGCAAGCUGAUCAUAGACAUCAUGAAACUAUUUCAUAACUAGUUUUAUAAAUCAAGAUUCAUUGAGAAUUACAUGUAAUUUACAUAUUAUUGUUCUUCUGAAAUUGUUCAACAUCUAUAUAAUUGGAGUUCAACUUUUUUCCCA